AUGCAUGCAAGCUCCUCGUCGUCGACAUCUCCGACUCAAUCCUUCCCGCCCGGGUUUCGGUCGAGGCGAUCUCAUGCCAAAUCUCGAAACGGCUGCUUGACGUGCAAGCAACGUCGGAAGAAAUGCGACGAGAAGCGGCCAUGUUGUACUCUCUGUGAAACGAGUCUGAGGACGUGCACGUAUGCAUCAUCAGACCAGGGAUCCUCUCGAUCAGGCGAAUCGACUGCUGUACCGUCGAGGUCAUCGCUUCCGUCUCCCGUUCCAUCGCCGCCCGGGUCAUUUGGAGGUGGUCUCUCAUGGGCUCAGCCGACAGAACAACAGCUCUCUAGGUCACCGGUGGCCAGCAGCGGCCAAGGCAGCAUCAUCGACGAUGCCAACCCCUACAACAUCACAAACUCGGACCUCUACUUCCAUUUUCUGCACCAUACCUGCAGGGCCGCCCCAAGCUGGCAAAAGGACCGGCUCCUCCUUCAAGUCGGGAUCGCCAAGCUGGCGCUCGACAACGAACUGGCUUCACACGCAGUCCUGGCGCUCGCGGCCGCCUGUCUGUGCUGCGACACGAUGGCUCAGGCGGACGCCGAUCCCGAGAAAGUGCGCCACAUCCUCGACCUGGGCCUGGAGCACCACACGCUGGCGCUCGAGCAGAUGCGGACCAUGACGUCGCAUCCGCGCGAGUCGGACACGCAACCCCUGCUCGCCAGCGCGCUGGUGAUUGUGCCCUUCGCACUGGCCUUCCAACACAUUCAGCACUGGGUGGUUCGCGCCAGGGGGUUGCCGCAACAGGACGCCGACCUCGUGACGCCCCGGGACAUGAUCCUGCUUCUGAGAGGGAUCCGCACGACCAUCGUCGCGCUGAACUCCAACCUCGUCGAAAAUGGGGGCUCAAAGCCUAAGUCGUUCUGGGACACGAUGCUGUCGUCCCAGCCGGUCGACCCGACCGAAGCCCCAACUAUGCCCGAGCGCCUUCACACCAUGUAUCCUAUUCUGGCGUCGACAUUCUACCAGGCUUCAUGGCAACUGAAAUGUAGGAUUGAGGGUGCGCUCGCCAGUCCGCAGGUAGACGAGAAGAUCGACUCCAUCACAGAGACCUACGAGAUCUUGAACGACAUCAUGUCCAGCACAUUCCUGGACUGCCCGAGGAGCAAGAUUCCGUUCGAAUACGAUUCCACUUUCUCUGUAUCUCCCGACAGCCUCCUCGCACAGGCGCCCGGCUGGCUCCAAAACUUCAUCCUGCAACGACCACGGCCCUCGCACGCGGAGCCUCUGUCCCGCUCGUUUUUCGCCUUCUUCUCCAGCGCGCCACAGACGUAUAUCGACCUGCUGCUCCCGCUUCUCGAUCCCCGCACAGACGCCACAGAGGGCGACCGCGAGCUAUCCACCGCUGAACUCCUGGCCCUGGACGUCUAUGCCCAUUGGCUGACCGUGAUGCUCCUGUUGGAGAAGGAGGCGUGGUGGGUGGGCGACUUUCCGUUUGUGGCACUCCAGGGUCUGGUGUCGAGGUAUGGGCACGGGUUCUCCAGCGCUUCUUCCUUGCAGCAGCAGUGGUGGCCGGCUGCCAUGCUGGAGGUUGCUGCGCGCUUGAAACAGUGGAAGUAA